CAUUCCUUUUUCUGAAUAUUUUUAACAUUUAAAUUUUAAUUUUUUUUUAAUUGCUUUAUAACGGAUAAUUGAAAAAAAAUUUUCUCCCUCUUUUAAUGCAAUUUUAUUAACUUAAAAAUGAAAGGGAGAGAUGCAAUAGAAAAUUCAACAGACUUUGUAUCAGGUGCCGUUUCAAUGGCUAAUAGUGCAGCUUCUAUAGGAGGCACAAGUGGAACAACAAGACAAGUAUUAGGAGUUGUAGGAUCAGUAGGAGAUGCUAUAAAACCAUUUGUACCUUUAAUAGCGACAGUAACAAUAGUUAUAAGUGAAUGUAUAAAAAUAUAUGAAGAUGCGCAGUACAAUAAAAAAAUUUGCAAUUCUCUGAUGGAUAGAGUUGAAACUGCUGAUUGGGCUAUAAGAACUUUAAAAAGGCGUAAACAAGAAAAUGAAAGUAAAUUUCGAGAUUCAGAAUAUUAUAAAGCAUUUUUACGUUUCGUUGAUGUUAUGAAAAAAAUUAGAUCUUUCAUUAAGGAUGUAUCACAGAUUCAAGGUUUCAAAAAAUAUGUUAAAGCUACCGCCAUUAAAGAUAAAUUUCAUCAUUUAAUUAAAGAAUUUGAGGCUGUCAUGAGCGAUUUAAGUUUUACUAUGGCCAUUGCUAAUGAUGAACAAAGAAGACUUGAUCAAGAAAGUCUCAACGAAGAUAUCGCUCAAAUGAAUAAGUUUUUAAAAGAGAUUCAAGGUGGUAUUAUUGAACAAAAUGAUACAAUAAAUACAGUUCUUCAAGAAGUAAUUAUUAUGAAAAACAAAGUGGACCAAUUAAAGGACCAAAGGAGACCUGAUUUACCAAUAUCUGAAACACUUAAAGCGACAACAAUUGAACCAAAAGAUAUCAUGGACCCUUUAGUUGGAAAGAAAACAGAUUGUCGUGGUAAAAAGGAACCCUUUAUUUAUAAAAAAUCUUAUAAAGCUAUGGAAGUUGCUUGUAUACCAAGAGCGAUUCCUGAAGACGAUUCUCCUCAAGCGAAUAAAAUACAAGCCCAACUAGCUAUACUUGGAAAAUUAAGAGAUUCUCCAAAUAUAUUGAAAUUUUAUGGACUUUCUCAUUUAGAUAAUCAGAUGGUGAUGGUAGUAGAGUGGGCAGAAUUAGGAAGCUUAAGAGAAGUAUACAAUACCUAUGAUAUUGCUUGGCCAUCAAAAGUUCAGAUUGCACUUGAUAUUUGUCGUGGAAUAACAUUUUUGCACACUUGUUCAAUUCUUCAUCAUGAUAUUCGAUGUGCAAACAUAAUGAUGACAUUACGUUUGGAACCAAAAAUUACGGGAUUCGAAUAUGCCCGCUUAACAACGUCAGCCACAACAAGCAUGACAGAAUUAACAGAUGUUGUUCAUUGGUUAGCUCCUGAAAAAUUGAAACUUGCAAAAGACCAACCAUACAAUACUAAAUGUGAAAUCUUUAGCUUUGGAAUGUUACUGUGGGAGCUUGCAUUUGAGAAAAUUCCUUAUGAAAAUUGGAAUAUGGAAAGAAUCAAAGAGUGGGUAUUAUCUGGAAAAAGAGAGAGACUUGUAUUUGGUAGAGAUAAACCUGAAAUUGAAGAACUUCAACAAGAAUAUAAACAAAUCAUAGUAGCGGCUUGGCAAGAUGAUUCACAAAUAAGAGCAUCACUUCAAUUUUUAUUUAUGGAAUUAAAUAAAUUGGCUCAAAAAUAUUAUGAUCCAAGGAGUAAUUCUCCGGCUCUUAAACCGGAUAAAACAAUAGAUCUUGAUGGAACACUAUAUAAAAAUGAUCCAGUAUCAGUAAGUGAUCAGGGAGGAGAAGAUUUACCAGAAUUUGAAGAUGAUUUUAGUCUUGAUUCGAUACCAGAAAUUCCUACUUUAGAUGAUGGUAUCUCAGCUCAUAAAAAAAAGGAGACAACUAAAGCAUGGGAUAUAUUUUGUGAGCAUACAAAUUUGGGUAGUACAAAAGCAAAAUAUUGGAAAGGUUAUUAUUUAUGGGAAGGUUAUGCAGGUCAAAAGGAUCGUAAGCAAGCUUCUACGCUAUUUAAAGAAGCUGCUGAUGAUGGUUUAGCUGAUGCUCAAUUACGUUAUGCUUUUAGUUUAGUUGGUAAUCAAGGUUCUAAAUUUGAUCGAAAAGUUUUUAUUGAAUAUUUAACCAAAGCUGCUGAAAAUCAGAAUUCUACAGCACAAUUCAAUCUUGGAGAUUUAUAUUUAAAUGGAAAACUUGGUGUACCACAAAAUGUUGAAUUAGGUAAAAAAUAUUUAAGACUGGCAGCUUUAACCAACCAACCUAAGGCCAUAGAAAUUUUACAAAAAUUGGGUAUGAAUAUUUAUAAUGAUAAUAAGGUUCCCGUACCAAAUGAAAAAAAUCAAAAUAACUAGGAAAAAUUACAAAUUGAUUAUAUUAAAUUCAAAUGCUAUAGGUGGAUUCCGUUUACUGAAGAUGUAAUCGUAACGAAUUUUGUAUAUGAAUAUUAUAUAUUCUUUGUAUAUUAUAUAUUGUAUUUUUUUUCUAUAUCUUUUGAGCAAUACUUCUAACAAAUAUAAAUAUUUAAUAAAUUUUUUAAAUUUUU